CUGUCCAAAAUGGCGAGCCUCAUAUAGGGGUCGAGUGUGAUUACCUGUCACAUUUUUAUAACUUUGGGACAGUUUUUAUUCCACUCAGUGAGUUAUCUAGACAGCCAUGUUCACAAACAUAGCUCUACGGGCUGUUCUGAGGCCUUCGGUGGGUGUUUUGCGGGAAAGCGGCGCCGUGUGCUCAGUCCUGUCAGCGAGACCGUGGACACGCAGCCCGGCUUCGGUAUCGGGACCGAGAGUCAGCUGUGGUGCAGGUAGCUUUGCUGUUCCACCACCAGUGAGACAUUAUGCUCGGAGUGCAAAGAAGAGGAAAACUGCACCUGUGAGCCAGCUCAGCGAUCUUCCUCCAACAAUGCUGAAGAUGGAUUAUGCGGCUGUGCCUCUUGCUCAAACGACUGAUGAUAUUGUCAAAAGACUUCUGUCACUGGAGUUGGCAAGUCAUAGUGAAAAGCUGCAGAUGAAAAAGGAGCAGAUGAUUGCUAAAGUCCAAAGGGAUAAGGAUGACCGCCACUCAAUGGAAGUCCAGGUGGCUGUUUUGACGGCUAGAAUCCGAAACUAUCAGGAGCACUUGCAGAAACAUCACAAGGACAAAGCUAACAAGAGGCGGAUGCUCAUGGCCAUUGACCGAAGGAAAAAGCUUUUGAAAAACCUGAGGUUGGUUAGCUAUGAUUCCUUUGAGAAAGUGUGCGAGGAGUUGGGUAUCACCUACUCCUUCCCUCCAGAGUACAACAGACGGGCCACUCGCCGCUGGCUGGCAAAGAAAGCCUUCUGCAUUAAGGUCUUCAAAGAGGUGCAGAAGCAGAAGGCAGAGCAGCGGCUGCAGAUGAAGAAAAGUUUAGCCUCUACAGGCACCAAGGCAGUUAAGACAAAAGAUGUUCACACCCAAUAAAAGACAAUAUUCUGUGUUAUAACAGCUGAUUCUAAAAGCUUGUCUUAGCCAACACCUUCACUUCCACACUCUCUCGGAUGUGUGGGAGGUGGAAACAUAGCUUCUCCUUUUCACAUGUUUCCAUCCUAGAAUGUUACUUGCUUUUGUCGUCAAGUUGAUGUCAGAAAUAAAAUGUUCAAGAAAUGUG